AUGACAUGGAGAGAGACAUGACAGGUUGAAGUUAGCACACAAGAGCGACGGGGGAAGAGAGAACCCCCAAACACAUCCACAAAAGAAUGAGACACACAUUGUUGAAAAUGAAAUGAAAUAAAAUAUAUACACAACAACGGAAUCAACGCUCUCCAAUUGGCGCAACAAAUCUGAACCACCGAUCCGAUCCAAUUCAACACCAUCGUUGACAUUCUCCUCAUCCAACUUCUCUUCAUUCAUUCUUCCAUUUUUCUUCACACUUGCUACUCCUUCCUUAAACCAUUCUAUUAAAUCUUCACCAACCAAUCAUUCUUCAUCGCUUUCUUCCAUUUCCUUUUUUUGCGUGGUUCCCACUCAGAUCCCUGCAUUCGAUCACACUCAGUGAGACAGGGCUGAAUGUAGAUGAAUGUUGUUGUACGGUAACAUGGGGAAGCUGAAGGGGUGUCUUGAACUUAAAUGAAGAAAGAACUUGCAUGGCCGCAGUUCAUACAAAAUCUUCUGAUCAUGGUUGGAUCAAGACACCGAUCACACUUAAAGAGGCCGACUUGGAUUAUCGCUUUAGUGUUCAUAGUGUGCUUUUUUCUGAUUGCUGCUUAUAUUUAUCCGCUACGGAGUCCCUCAACGUGCUCUUUCUUUAACUCUGAAAGUUGUGGUGCUGGUGGUACAAUUAGUCCGCCACCACCCGUGAAGACCCGUGAAUUAACAGAUGCAGAGGUUGAAUCUCGGGUUGUUAUUAACGAAAUUCUUAAGUAUUAUCCUGUUCAAACCAAGGUCCCUAAAGUCGCUUUUUUGUUUUUGACUCCGGGUUCAUUACCUUUCGAGAAGCUUUGGCACAUGUUCUUCGAGGGCCAUGAAGGCAAAUUCUCUGUCUAUGUACAUGCAUCGAAGGAAAAACCGGUACAUAUCAGCCCCUAUUUUGAGGGCCGAGAUAUCCACAGUGAACCGGUAGCUUGGGGGAAAGUUUCUAUGGUUGAGGCAGAAAGGAGACUUUUGGCCAAUGCACUUUUAGACCCUGAUAACCAGCAUUUCGUCUUGUUGUCUGAAAGUUGUAUACCAGUGCGACGCUUUGAUUUUGUGUACAACUACUUGUUAUUAACAAGUGUCAGCUUUAUUGACAGCUAUGUGGAUCCUGGUCCUCAUGGAAAUGGCAGGUAUGUAGAACAUAUGUUGCCUGAAGUAGAAAAGAAGGAUUUUCGAAAGGGUUCACAGUGGUUCUCCAUGAAACGUCAGCAUGCUAUAAUAGUUAUGGCAGACAGCCUCUAUUUUACAAAAUUCAAGCAUCAUUGCAGGCCAAAUAUGGAGGGAAACCGCAACUGCUAUUCCGAUGAGCAUUAUUUGCCGACCUUUUUUAAUAUGCUUGAUCCAGGUGGAAUCGCAAAUUGGUCUGUAACAUAUGUUGAUUGGUCUGAAGGAAAAUGGCAUCCUAAGUCAUUCAGGGUUCAUGAUAUUAAUUAUCAACUCAUGAAAAAAAUAGCAUACAUUGAUGAAAGUCCACAUUAUACAAGUGAUGCAAAGAGAACAGUGGUGAUUACACCGUGCGAAAUAAACGGCUCAAAACGAUCAUGUUAUCUAUUCGCCCGGAAGUUUUAUCCGGAAACUCAGGUUAAAUUGAUUCAACUUUUCGCUAACUCCACAAUAUUCUAAAGUAUUUAUAAUACUUUAUCAUUCUUUGGUGAAUCAACACCAUGUGGUCCCCAGCCUUACCACCAUCUUUGCACAUAUGACAUAUUUUGAGAAGUUCCUGAGGCAAAAUUUGCCUAGGAACACAGAAGCUGAUUCAAUCAAAAUUUGCUUUUCUCUGGGGCUUGAUGGAACUGCUGAGCAUGAGCAUGUCUAUUUGGAUAAUUUGCUGUUCCUAUUUUACAAUAUUAUUUUUUGUAUUUGAAACAUAUAGAUUCUCUAGUAGGAUGAAAAGUUUUGUUAUGCUUGAUAGGCUAGAGAGGGAGGGAUAAGGUUUGGUCUUGAUUUCGACUCUAGAAGCUAACUGUUAUUUAUGAAUGUUGCAUUGAAAUUUUUCUGCAGUGAUGCAUUAUUAAAUAUAAUAGUUCAGCAGUUAUGCAGAGUUUA